UCCGCCUUUGUCCGUGCUGCUCGUGUCUGCCGCUGCCGCUGUCGCGUGCUGGAAAUGGCUGCAGCCGGGGACCCUGGCGGUCCUGAAAGCUACCGUUCUCCGUUGGCGUCCCGCUAUGCCAGCCACGAGAUGUGCUUCUUGUUCAGCGACAGGUACAAGUUCCAGACGUGGCGGCAGCUGUGGCUGUGGCUGGCGGAGGCUGAGCAGACCCUGGGUUUGCCUAUCACCGAUGAGCAGAUCCAGGAGAUGAAGUCAAACCUGAGCAACAUUGACUUCCAGAUGGCAGCCGAGGAAGAGAAGCGCCUGCGGCACGACGUGAUGGCUCAUGUGCACACAUUCGGCCACUGCUGUCCCAAAGCUGCCGGCAUCAUUCACCUCGGUGCCACCUCCUGUUACGUCGGAGACAAUACAGACCUCAUUAUUCUGAGAAAUGCAUUUGACCUGCUUUUGCCAAAGCUUGCUAGAGUGAUCUCGAGGCUUGCUGAUUUUGCCAAGGAACACGCUGCUCUGCCCACCUUGGGUUUCACACAUUUUCAGCCUGCUCAGCUGACCACAGUUGGGAAACGCUGCUGCCUUUGGAUCCAAGAUCUCUGUGUGGACCUCCAGAACUUGAAGCGUGUCCGUGAUGAGCUCCGCUUCCGGGGAGUGAAGGGCACUACUGGCACCCAGGCCAGCUUCCUGCAGCUCUUCGAGGGGGACCACCAGAAGGUGGAGAAGCUGGAUAAGAUGGUGACAGAGAAGGCAGGGUUUAAGAGAGCUUUCAUCAUCACAGGACAGACCUAUACACGAAAAGUGGACAUUGAAGUGCUGUCUGUGCUGGCCAGCUUAGGGGCGUCAGUGCACAAGAUUUGCACUGACAUUCGUCUCCUGGCAAACCUGAAGGAGAUGGAGGAGCCCUUUGAGAAACAGCAGAUUGGCUCAAGUGCAAUGCCAUACAAGCGGAACCCCAUGCGCUCUGAACGCUGCUGCAGCCUGGCCCGUCACCUAAUGGCCCUUGUCAUGGACCCACUACAGACAGCUUCUGUGCAGUGGUUUGAGCGCACACUGGAUGACAGUGCCAACAGACGGCUCUGUUUGGCGGAAGCGUUUCUCACUGCAGAUACUGUGUUAAAUACCCUGCAGAACAUUUCUGAAGGACUGGUGGUGUACCCCAAAGUAAUUGAACGGCGCAUUCGGCAAGAGCUGCCUUUCAUGGCUACAGAGAACAUCAUCAUGGCAAUGGUCAAAGCUGGGGGCAGCCGACAGGACUGCCACGAGAAGAUCAGAGUGCUCUCCCAGCAGGCAGCUGCUGUGGUUAAGCAGGAAGGGGGCGACAAUGACCUCAUAGAGCGCAUUCGGGCAGAUGCCUACUUCAACCCCAUCCACUCCCAGUUGGAGCAUCUGUUGGACCCCUCUUCUUUCACUGGCCGAGCACCCCAGCAGGUCCACAGGUUUCUAGAAGAGGAGGUGCAUCCCCUGCUAAAACCCUAUGGGAGUGUGAUGGAGGUGAAAGCAGAGCUAAGUCUGUAGAAGACACGGAAAGAUCAUUGAGACUUUGCUAAUUGUAUUGUCGGGAAAUUUAAUUCUGAAGUGCCUCCUUCACCUCAAGAAUGUACAUUGAGAGCAGCACAGUGGUGGCACAUACCUUUAAUCCCUGCACUCAGGAAGCAGAAAUAGGCAGAUCUCUUGAGUUCAAAGCCAGUUUGAUCUACAGAGCUAGUUCCAGGACAGCCAGGGCUACAACGAGAAAA